AGAUAACAGCACCGAAAGUUUGUCGAGAACCCGCCGUUGUCGGCGGACGCGACAAAUAGCAUUUCAACGAACUCGGGCCGUCCGCCGGCUUUCUAUUUUAGCAGAAUAAAUCACAGGUGUGUCGAUGACGUUUUCCAGCGGGUUUUCCUGAGACUUCCUUUCCUUCCAUCCUCCUCACCUCGUCUCGUCUCUAACUUACGAAUUUGAAUAUCUUCUUCCUGGGUUACAGGCAAAUACAGACUUGCGAAUUCGGAAUAGGCAUACAUUAACGCGGUACCAGACAUUCUCAUGCCGAUUUUUUCUAGAGACAACGGCGACGAUAAUGGCGAAUUAUGUGGAGUAAAGAAAGCCGGGGACAUCAUAGCAUGCGUAUUCUGGUUGAUUCCAAUGUCUAUGGUCGGCAUACUGAUCGGGUACGGGAUCCUUUUUGGUUGCUUCUUCCCCCUUUGCGCCGAAUUGUACAACAAGACCGUCGCAUCUUAUACUGCCUACCAUCAAGAGUACCUGCCCACUUUCAUCGAAUUCUACGCCUACGCCGGGAUUCUCCACCCCCUACGCCGUAUACGCGUCUGCUGGCGUAGCCUUAUCUCGAAAUUUCGGAAAAAUGCCACAACGCUGAACGUACCCCGAGAAUGCACCUUUCCCCAAGAACUAUUCGAAAUCAUAAUAAACUUCUGUUAUCCUCACAGACAGACCCUUCUCACCUGCAGUCUCGUAUGCAAAGCAUGGGUCCCGACCAGCCGGCGUCUAUUAUGGAUACACGUUCAUUCGGGCGACCGCGUGCGACAAUUAGUGAAGCUCUUGAACUCGCCGGAUAGUGCCAUAUCUCCUUACGCUCAGAAAGUUUCGCUUUCGAUGUACACGAAACAGGACAGGCUGAUGAGAUAUCGACACGCCCUCCGCACCCUUGCUAAUGCCGACUCCAGGAUAAUCCGAGCGAAAAUUACUGGACAGUCUUUAGAACCAGCGAGAGCACUACGUCGUUAUUUCCCACACCUCAGACGUCUUUCCUUCAGCUAUGAGGAUAAAGGUGACAUAGAAGAGACAUCCGCCGCCAAUUUCAGGCGCAUCCUCCUGUAUUCGAGUCUUUUCUGUGACCUCCAGCACCUUUCAAUCCAGUUCAACAGGCAGGGAAAUAGUACCGAGGAUAUCCCACUUUCGUCACUGGAAGAGAUAACCCUUCCUGCGGGUUUGCGUUCGCUCUCGAUAAAAACCUGGAACAAGGAUUUCUUAUGUUGGAUAAAAAGGCAUCGUGCUACACUUAGGCUAACGACUUUCAAACUGAAAGUUGAUAGCCACUGGCAGAGCGCACUGGAUUCACACCUCAUCAGCGCCAUAUUGAGACCCUGUCGCACCUCUCUUCAGUUCGUCACUCUAACGAUUUUCGAAUGUAAAAAUGGUUUCCUCAAUCUUGAUUACCUGACAGAACUUCGGGUAGUCGUGUUUUACGUCUAUCACAUCCCCUCUUCAAAGGCUACGCUGUCAUCACUGAACUCAAGCCACAUUGAAAAUAUCACGAUCUUGACACGCGAUGGGGAAAAUAUGACACGCGACUAUUUUGAUCAGUUCAUGACUGGAAUUAGCUUCAGUUUUUCGUAUGGGAAAUCAGGAUUGCGACGAUAUGUUCCAUCUAUCGUCGGUAGUAGCCAUGAUAUUUAAUGUUUGAUUCAUAAUGUCCGACCUUAUUUGGCCCU